GUUUUUUUUUGCAUUGAAGUUUCCUAGCUACCACACGAAACCACCAAGCAAUUCAACGAUUGCCUUCAAUAUAUAAACACACCGUGUUUUCCCAAUAUUCUUCAAACUACACACUUAGCUUAGCUUCCUCCAACUAUAUAUAUUCACCACUUCAAUUCCAUAUCUCUGUAGAAGCUAAGUGUAGAACCCAUAGGUUAUCACAGUUCAACCAAAAAAGGAAGAAAUUAAACCAUGUUGAUGAGAAGUCUCAAUCCUUUCCUCAGGAAAACAAGCCCACAAGAGUGUGAUAAAGCAAGAAAACCCAAAGCUGUACAAACCACAGUACAUGUUUAUAGAGAGGGUCUAGACACCACAAAGAAGCCACCAUCUCACAAUAAGAUCAAGAAGAAAGUGAGGUUUGACUUGGGUCAACAAGGAGGAGAAGAAAGUGAGGAAGAAUCAAUCAAGAAGAAGAACUCUGGAGGAGUCAAAGUAAAAAUAUUGUUGACCAAAGAAGAGGCUGCCAGGCUGCUAUCAAGGUGCAAUGAUGGAGGGGUUCUUACGUUCACAGAUCUUGGUCUUGACGUUAUAGAUAGUAUUCCUUCAAAUCGUGUGGCUAUGAUUUCUUGAUGUUUUUUCUUCAGACUUUUGUUAGUUUCUGGGUUCUCCUCACAUUGGAGCGUAUAUAGUGUGUUUUCAUAUAUACUUGGUAAUUAUAUUACUGAUGAACCUUGUUAUAUUGAAUCUUGUGGUACAAUAUGCUAAAUGCAUAAAUUAUGCAUUGAUUGUUGAUUUUGUUGCGUUUUUGUACUCUUAAAUCAAAGAAACCACUAUCAUAACUA